AUGCCCCUAUGCCUUCCUCAUGCCCUCUCCAUGCCCUAUGCCUUCCUCAUGCCCUCUCCAUGCCCCACAGCCUCCCAUCCCCACCACCUCCCACGCCCUCUACCACCUUCCACGCCUCCACAGCCUCCCACGCCUCUACUACCCCACGCCUCUACUGCCCCACGCCUCUACUACCCCCCCACGCCUCUACCUCCCGCCUCUACUACCCCCACGCCUCUACUACCCCCCCACGCCUCUACUACCCCCCCACGCCUCUACUACCCCCACGCCCCCUACCCCACGCCCCCACAACCUCCCACGCCUCCCACAACCCCCGCCUCACAACCUCACGCCUCUACUACCUCCCACGCCUCUACUACCCCCACGCCUCUACUACCCCCAACGCCUCUACUACCCCACGCCCCGACCUCCACGCCUCCUACCCCUCCCACGCCCCACAGCUCUCCCACGCCUCCACAACCUCCACGCCUCUACCUACCCCCCCGCCUCUACUACCCCCACGCCUCAACUACCUCCCACGCCCCAAAUGUCUCCCACGCCCCCAACUUCCUGCGCAUCACCCGCCUGCAUGGCAUCAUCAAUAGCAGUGGUGUUCAGUGCUGA